AAUUUGGUGCUGGGUGGCGAGGUGGUGUUGGGGGAAGAGCUAGGCUAAGGAGAGCUUCCUCUUGCUCUGCCCCUUCCCAUCUCAAAUUGGGGGCUGACAAAGCCCCCAAGAGAGAUCCAGUUCAAGUUGCCAAGUCUCUGAAGGACAGGCUGGGAUUACCUCCUAAACAGACCAGCACUGAGAGAGGGAAGGCUGCUAAGCCGAUGGGAGAGAUCCGUGUGAAAACACUGGAGGAAAUCCGUCGUGAGAAAGCUCUUCAGAGACGCGAAACUCAAGCCAAAGGCGAGGCUGAAGGGCAUGGUAAAACUGAAGAUUCCAGCGCAGGGGCAAGACCUGCUCGUGCAGGUCGCAUCAAAACUUUCCCUGAAGCCUUGUCUGAAAACAAGAAUAAUCGCUUGGUAGAAGAGAAGAAAAAAGCAGGAGAAUCCCCUAGCAAGAGCAAAAUUCAGGCACCUGAAAAAGAAGAAAAGAAGGCAGUGAAAUUGAACCGGCCUUUUCCUACCCUUUCCUCUGUAGCUGAUGUACGGCCCACGCAGCAGAGUGGAACUCGUAAAUGUCCAGAGAAGAGCUUUGAAGAGAGCCGUUGGGAGAAGUGGCAACAGCGAGAACAACAAGAGAAGCUUCGGAAGGAGGAAGCUGCUGUCAAAUCUACUGCUGGCUUCUUUAAUACUGAACCAGCAGGGAAAGUGGCAGCUCAAUUUCAGGGCCAGGAAGCUAAAACCAACUUGAUGACAUCUGCGAAGCCUUCGGGUGGGAAAGUCACUUUCCCCAAGAAGAAGGCACUGAAACGUAAGGCACCUGGGAGUUAUCCCUCUGCCGUAGCAGCUGUGGAACUACGGACUGCCUUUGCUGCUGACAUGAUGGGACCUCCAGCCAAAAAAGCAGCCAUGGGUGUUUCAGACGUGCCGGAGCACAUCCCAGCCAUCAGACUUGAAGAAAAUCCCCCAAACAGACCUGAAGUGCGUCUUGGAAGCCCGGCAAGAUUUGAGGAGCAGAUGGAGAUCGAUCUCGAGACCUCGACCUCAGCUUCUUCCCAGCUAGAAGAGGCACGCACACGCCAGCUGAGUUCCGCGGGGAACGCGCCCUUAUCUGCGGAUGAAGAUUUUGAGAAGCUACUAUGGGAAAUCUCAGGAGGCAGACUGGAAGCCGAAAUUGACUUAGACCCAGGGAAGGACGAGGAUGACCUCCUCCUUGAACUCUCCGAGAUGAUUGACAGUUGAACCGCGUAGUCCUAUGGUAUAUUUAAAAAUUAAAAAAUUAAACUGUU